GGCGUGACAGUUUUUAGCAAUUUGCCAACUUCAACCGAAGGGAAGUAACUCUGAACGUUUGUUAUUUAAAAAAUAUGAAUUCCAUUAUCUACUUUGGCGAAAUACGAAAGCACGUCAACAAAACUCAAAACCACAUGGAGGAAAGUUAUCACUUGUAGAUCAUUUAUUUCAAAUCAGUGCAGUUUAUUUUCUAUUACGCCGACGGCAGGUGUCUGCCAGCGUUGACCAUGACUUCUUUAGCAGCUCAGCUGAAGAAACUUGCCAUCCCAGAGACCCAAGGCGUCCUCAGUUCUGGGCUGCAACAAGCGUCGUUCUUGUAUGCUCAAGGGGAGGCUGCUACUUAUGACAAACAACAUUUCUACAAUAUCGGUAUAAAUGGGUUACAGCAACUGAUUGAAAAAGAUGCAUGUUUUGAGGAGUUUGAGCAAAACUUGUUUGCCCCGUCGUCGCAGUCUCUGCAGCGCUACAUUCAGACGUCGGAGGUGAACAAACAGCUGGACCAAAACAUCUCCAGGUUCCUGCUGCAGCUGUCCCCGUACAUGCAGCUACGGGAGUCACACAAGGCCAUGGAGUGGUUGGUGCACAGAUAUAAUAUACAUCUGCGUAAUGUGGAUGCCUUAAUGAUGUGUGUGCUGCCAUAUCAUGACCAAGACCCGUUCAUGAGAGCACUGCGGCUGCUGAAUAUGAGCAGCAAAGAAUGCGCUAUGUGGCGCUGGUUGGAGCCCAUCAAGAAAGGAGAGUCGUUUUUGCCACGUCAGACCUUGGUGACUCACUGCCGAUCUGCCAAAGGUUUCCUGGGCUUCAUCUGUGACAUGUUGGCCAAGCACAUCGAGGCUAACACGGACGACUCGGGCGUCCCGUCCAGGCGACGUCUGCAGCGAGUGAUCAGCUUCUACACACAGACGGUCCUGGGCGUGCUCAUGGCGGGGCCUCCCACUGAGCACAUCCUAUCCACGCUCAUCCCGUCCAUCGGUGCCGGGCUGCGGUCACGUGACAUGCCGGAUCACAUGACCUCGGCAUAUAUGGUCCUCAGUCAGCUGCUGGUGCAGACAACUCUGGAGUCCUCGCUGUUAGAGUCACUGCUCAAUGUCUUGUGCAAGAACAUCCAGCCAAGCCUGGUUCAUGCUGCGGUCACUGUCGUGGUCCUCAUUUUCCAGAGGCAGGCCAUCAACAAAGUCUCCAAAAAAGCCUUCAGGUACCUGACCCGACAGUCCGCUCUUCUCCCCACUCUGUCGCAGCUGAGCCGCGAGGCGAACGCGGAGCCGUUCCUGACGCCGUUUAUGUCGAUGCUGACGCAGCGAGCGCUGAAGGAAAGUGACGACGGUGGCGGUGUGACGAGUGACAGUAACACGGAGGAUGACGACGCCACGCCACCGUCACUGCUGUCACUGCUUCUGGACGCCAUGAACUCUGUUAAGCUGAAGGAGAAGACAAUCAUUGUUGUCGUGAGGAGUGUCUUGGACUGGUUCUCCAAACAGCGGAAGGAAUCGGAGAUGGAAGUGGAUGGCGAGUUGUCUCCCUCAGAGGGCGCGUUUAGAGUGUUCAGGCUACUUGAGAACAGGUUCUCAAGCACCCUGGAGUCUGUGGUGAAAGAGAUGACCACUAGCGGCGAGUCCAAGGGCAUCGGUCAGACGGUGAAGAAGCUGUACAAGAUGUCAGUCCAGUCGGCCCAGGACAGUCUGGAGUCGGACGCUGCCUCGGCCUUGACCGUGUGUCUCCACCACCACAACGAGGCAGUGAGGAAAAGUGCUGUGGAGAGACUGCUGCAGGAUGUGCAGCUGAUGGAGGACCGCACAGCCAUCCAGUCUAUCUUGGUGUCGAGGAUACAGGAUGAUAGUUCAGAGGUCGUGAUGGCCGUGUUGGACAAGCCAGAGACGCUGUGGGAGCUGUUUGAGGACAAGAAACUGCUGGAGAAGACGCUGUGCCAGAAACUUCUCUCGCUCAAGGGCAAGGCCAAAGGGCCCACAACGAGGCUAGUGUUGCGUGCCCUGAGUUGUAUCCCCUUUGAAGUUGCCGACGACAGAAAGUUGCUGGCCUUGUUCCUGUCUCACCUGGUGCCCCUGGCUUUGGAGGACGUGACCUUGGCCUCUGAACUUCUGGAGUCAUCGUUUGUCUUGUGCAGCAAACUGCUGGAGCAUCUCAAUAACAAGUUUCUUCCUGUCCUGAAGAAGUUGCCUUCUGGUGGAAAACUGAGCGCGGAAAAUCGACAGAAUGUGACGGAGAAGCUGGUUGAGUGUGUCGCCUCUUACCUGGCCAACAACAGCAGCCAGGCGGCACAGUUUGUGCAGGAUAUCUAUAACCAGGUGUCGAGCUCACCGCGGCCUGGCAGCGCGGCCCUGGUGUUGAUCAUGAGUUGCUUCACCCUGGCUCAGCGAGUGAAGAAGGCGGAGAUGAAGAUGGAGCUGCAGCGAGUGAUUGUCUCCCUUGUUGUGGAUGUGACGCUUAGCCAGAAUGUGGUCAGUUUCGGCAAGAGUCGAUCAGGCCCGGUGAUGUCCUCGUGUCUGGACCAGUUGUCGCAGGACGGCAGACUUUCUGUGGAGGUUGUGUCUUACACUCUUCAAGAAUUGAACCUUUGCCCUGCGCCUGCCGGCCUCAAAGAAGCUAAGUUCUGGGACCUGUGGGCCGAGGGCAGCCCGGAGAGGAACUGGCUGGUCACUCUCACCUCGCUAACCACUUUCCUGCUUGAGCUGUCGGCCAGCAAGAGUCCGCGAGUCGCCGAAGUGGCCAGGAGUAUUUUUCCUUCCGUGUUCAAGGUUCUGGGCGACAACGCGUCAGUGAUGAAGUUCCUGUGCUGGAUGUGGACGAGCGAUGCGAAAAGGGGAGUAACUGGGGCGGACAAGGCUCGCUGUCUGCAGUUCUCUCAAGUGUUUGUCUCAGGGCUGGCGCUGGACGACCGCGUCAAGCUGACCUCUGACCCUGCCCCAACCCUGCCCUGUCUGCUUCUGCUGUUGUCCAGUCCGUUUGAGCGAGUGCGAGGAGUGGCCUUCACCUUGCUGUCUACGCUGACCAAAGACCUGAGCUCGGAGACCAGCAACUACAAGUGGACGGCCAACAGUUUGAUGAGAUAUAAGGAGGAGGUGGUCAAGGAUGAGAACUUUCUGCCACAGGUUUUGAAGAACAUUCUGGAAUCGGAAGAUGCAGUUGUCUCCCCUCCCUCUCCCAAGAAGCGGAGAAAAAGCAGCAGCAAACUUCCCCCGUCGUCUGUAGCGCUGUCGUUUCUGAUGGACGUGAUUCUGGAUGCGGCCACCCCGGGCACUGUCAAGGUCGGCCUGCUGAGAGUGCUGCACCGACUGGACACUGCUGAGAGUUUCCUGCAGCUACCAUCUGUCCUGGCAAGUUUGAUUCCCACGACAGACGCCGCGACGCCAGCAGCGGUGUCAGAGAGUACAUUGCCAAGCCUGUCCUCAGAGGAGAAGGAGACGAUCAUGCUGGUGCUGGGGAGGUACACACGUGCUGUGGCCUCGUGUGUGGAGGAGGGCUCGGGCAGUCUGAGCGCGCUGCAGGGGGCACUGGCGUGUCCUCUCAAGGUCAGAGGUCAAUCCGACACGGUGCAGAUUGUGGCUCUGGAGCAGCUGUCCUCCAAGUUCAUGUCGGGUCUCCAGUACGAGUGUCGCCGGGCACUGGUCAUCCAGCUGCUGGACAUGAUGAGCUUCACCGCAAGUACCGAGGUCCAACGGCGGUCGCGCAAGGUCAUCAAGAAGAUGACAUUGGAGGCGAGUCUCGUGGUGGAUGAGUUGAAGAUGGUCACCACCAAGACAUCGGCCGGCACCGUGAGAGAGUCGAAGAAACAGAGAAGCCAGAAGAAGGACGAGCCUGGAGAGAUGGGGCUGGAGUCGUUGCCGUGGCGACGUGUGACGUCCCUGCUGGAGCUUGUGCAGAGCAAGAAGAAGGUGACGCAGGCUGAGCUGAUGGUUCCUGCGCUGUUCCAGCUCCUGGCCAGAGUCCUAGAGCUGGAGGAGGAGGGCUCGGGCGAGUACGUGAAACAGCUGGUGCUGGGCACCGUCUACAACAUCUGCUCACGCCAACAGGUGCAGGGAUCACAAGGUGUGAAGGGAGAGCACCUCAACAUGGAGCUAGUGGUUCAGUGUAUUCAAACCUCAGACAACCCGCACACACACCAACAGGCGCUGUUGCUGCUCAGCGCUGCCGCCAAGAUUGCUCCGACCUCGGGCCCCGUGUCGGUGUCGGACAUGGAGUUUCUCACCUCCCUGUGUGAAGAGUUCUCCUGCUCACAGCUGCUCCAGUGCUUCACGCAGACCUUGGCCUACAUAGCACAGCUGCCCGAAGAGAAAGUGGGCACCACUGCGACGACGCCCAGCAGGGAGGGGGUGAGCCUGGAGGAGAUGGGCCCAGAGGACCUGGAGAUGUUCAGCGUGUCCCAGCACUCGGCCAAGCAGCUCCGCCACUUCAAGUUUGCCGCGCUUUACGCCCUGAGGGAGCUGGUGGCCGGCCAGCACUUUGUGGCACAGAUGUCGAGUUUGGAUCCGAACUCCUUCCUCCCGGACUUCCAGCAGCUGAUGGAGACGACGUUGCAGUUCAUUGGUCAGGUGACCGUGUCACAUGACAAGCACAGGGAGGACAGCUCGGCUCGAUUCUGGAGGAUUUUGCUGCACAAGUCACAUGACCUUCUGGAUGGUCUGGUGCACCUGUUGCCGGACACCCUGUUCCUGGACGUGGUCUCUGGCCUGAUGCAGCACAGACUGACGCUCGUCCAGCGCCGCGCCCUGGAGCUGCUCAACAACAAACUGGUCUACUUCAAGGAGAACACGGCUCAGAUCCCGGUGGACUUGUUGACCUCCAUGAGAGGCAAGCUUCAGGCCACGGUGAAGCAGAGUUUGCUGACCGGUGCGGUGCCCGGCAGGAAGGAGGAGGAGCUGGUGAUAGGACAGGCGGCCAUGUACGGCCUCAAAGUUCUGUGUCGCAUCCUCGGGGAGAAACAGCAGGAGGACUUUGUACAGGUUUUGGAUCUGUGUACCUCUGUGUUGUCUCGUCACCACGGCAACGGCGUAGUGGCUGCCACGGCCAUGCUGUGUAUCGCGGAGGUGGUGAGCUGCUGUAAAGUGCACGCCCUCACUUAUCUCGGCCAGUUUGUACCCCUCAUCGUCUCACAGCUGCAGUCGGAGGAGAUCACGCACCACGAGACGUUGCUACUGGCCACCAUGAGCUCCCUGCAGAAAGUGAUGGAGUCGCUGCCCUUGUUCCUGAGUCCCUACCUCAGGGACAUCACUGUACAGCUUUGCCUGAUCAGUGCCCAGCUGGACGUCAGUUCUGGGACGCACAAACCUGUCGUCUUACAGAAGGUCAAGUCAAUCUGCACAACGGUUGCCACGGUGACGCCCACUCGCACAUUCCUGCCGAUGCUGGAAAAAAGUUUUGUGGCUCUGGAGAAGGACAUGGCGGCGUGCGCCGCAUGUGCCAUGUCUAUGCUGCGUGAGCACGUGGUCAAGAUGUCUCGGGAGGAGCUGACGACGUUCUCACAGGACCUGCUACAGUUCUUCCUUGUCUGCUUUGACCUCAGGGUCACACACACACAGAUCGAUGAAAGUGACCUUGACAGUAUAGAAGGCUGCAUCAUCGAUGCGUUUGUCUCGCUGGUGUUCAAACUGUCGGAGGCUCAGUUCAAACCCAUGCUGAUCCAGUUGUUUGGCUGGGCUACCGAUGAGGAGGCGAGUCGUGACCGGGUGUUGGUCUUCUAUCGUCUGUGUCACAGCCUGGCGGAGAAGCUGAAGAAUUUGUUCACGCUGUUUGCCGGCCACAUCCUGAAGCACAGCGCGGAGACGCUGGACCUCAACAACAAGACAAAACAAAAGGUGAAAUAUUUUGGCAAGGGCAAGGCCGCGCGGAGGAAGAGCUGUCGUCUGUUGGUCUACGUGACGGACACGCUGCAGCAAACGUUCGCCCACGACACGGAGGGUUUUGUCACCAAGGAGAGGUUUGACGUCGUCAUGCAGCCUCUUGUGGAUCAGCUGGAGAAUGACUUUGGCAAAGACUCGGUGUGUGAGGAGCGAACCAGCAACCACGUGGUGCCGUGCCUGGGCAGUCUGGCUGCUGCCUCGCAGGACGACUCGCUGUGGAAGGACAUGAACUACCAGAUCCUGCUCAAGACCAGGCACGAAGACCCAAAGGUUCGCAUAUGGGCCAUUUCUGCGGUAGACGCCUUCCACAAACAGCUGGGGGAGGACUAUACGCAGCUGGUGCCCGAGACCAUCCCGUUCUUGGCCGAGCUCAUGGAGGAUGAGUCCGACGAGGUGGAGAAACACACACAGAAAGUCCUGGCCGCGAUGGAGACGUCGGUCGGGGAAAAUCUACAAGAAUACUUUUAGACUGGUUUUCCUUUUUGUGUUGAAACUGCUGAAAGAAUGUUUGACAGGAGGCAUGAGAAUAAAAACUUAUAAGUUAUGACAAUA